AUGGAGAAAAACCCUGCGAGUGCGACUCUGAGCGAAAAUGGAAAAACAAGAGAGGAAAGAGAUCAACUGGAUCAAUCUAAUAAAAAACCAAAAAGAAAAAUUACGCAAUUCAUUUUCAAUCAUAAUGAUAAAGAAGAUGAAAUCAUGGCAGAGACUAAACAAAGCCAUAUGAAUAUUGAUGCAGAAGUUGUAGGGCAAAGUGUAAGGAAUGCUGGAAGUUGUAGAGGUAGCAAUUCCCAGCAGCCAAGCCAUUCUUUGGUUAACAUCGAGGAUGAUGAAGAGGACGAUAUUUCUGAUGAUGAAGCAAUACCAGAGGAGAUCUUGAAUGAUGAUAGGUGCCUUAUCAUCAAGUUAACCAAGGAGGAGAAAAAGAGACUUAGGCAACCAUGGAAAACAUCCUUAAUAAUCAAGAUGUUUAGCGCCAAACUGGGUUACAUAGGGCUAAUGUGUAGACUCAAGAAGAAGUGGAAUGAUAGAGGAGAACUCUCAUUGACUGAUAUUGGAUGCAAUUACUAUAUAGCUCGAUUCACAAAUCAAGUUGAUUAUAGUUAUGUGCUUACACAAGGGCCAUGGCUGCUAGAUGACAAUUAUUUGACCAUACGGAAAUGGAUCCCCAACCUUGUUUCGGAUGAAUCACCUAUCAAGGUCCUCACUGCCAAGGUAAGGAUCCCAAACUUACCCAUAGAAUAUUUUGACAUCAAUUUUCUAAAUAAAAUUGGCUCGAAAAUUGGUAAGGUCUUAAGGAUGGAUAAGAACACAGCGCAAGCAGAACGUGGACAAUUUACAAGGCUUAGUGUUGAUAUUAAUUUGUCUAAGCCGUUGUUGUCAAAUUCUGGCUCAAGGGAAGAAUUUGGAGGCAUUCGUAUGGUGUGCUUCAAGUGUGGAAAGUUAGGUCAUGUGGAAAAUGAUUGCAAGUCACAAGAAUCUAUUGAUAGUGACAAUAAUGUGAGAAUGGAAGAGAAUCCUCUAUUUCAUCAAGCUGCUAAGCCAUAG